UAAUAAUAAUAAUCAGACAACUCACCCCAAAAAAAAAAAAAAAAAACAUGCAAACACCAAACAAUCUGCCAAAUCUGAAAGUGUGUAGGAGUUUCAGAUCCCCACCUAUGAAAUCGCGAUAAGAAAUCAAACCCAUUAAACCCAAAAGAAAAUUACUUACUUUGAUUGAUUUCAUUGAUGGGAAAGGCACUACCUUGGCCGACCCGGUUCCAAGAUUUGACCCGAAUUAUCGCUGCCGACAAGCUCCCGCGGUCCAGGCGCGCAAAGCAAGUGUCCCAAGUUCGAAUUUCGUCCCCGCAGCCGAAACCGGUCGACCCGGAGCGGGUGAAGCUGAGGAUGGAGAGCUCCGAGGGGCAGAACCGGGUUCCUCUGGCCCGGGUGGUGUCGGACUGCGUGCGGCGGUGGUUUCAGGACACGCUCAAGGAGGCAAAGGCGGGGGAUAGCUCCAUGCAGGUGUUGGUGGGUCAGAUGUAUUGCAGCGGCUAUGGUGUUCCCAAAGACCCCAAAAAGUUGUUUCCGCUGUCUGAACUUGUGAGUUGUGCACGUAAUCAGGGACAUGCUUGGAUGAAUAAAGCUUCGAAAAGUAGAGCUUCGGUUUGGAAAGUGAGCGAUAAGCCUCCAGGUUACAACGCAAGUGAUUCUAACUCGGAUGAAUUGCAAGACGACACGAAGUAAGGCCAAAUGUUCUUUCUCAAUUUUGAGUUCACUUCUGGGUUUGAUUAAUUUUCUUCCAUUCCCACUGUUAUUGGAGACACUUUGCAGUUUAGUUUUCGAUGCGAUCUUCUUGCAUUGCUUAGUAAUGGAAGGGUUCGUAUUUACUGUCUCUUCAUUCUCUACCGAGCUUCAGAACCUUCCUCUGCUCUUUAAUUCUGUUUUUGUUCUUUGAGAUAAGUUUUGAUAGUUGAUGACUGUUUUACC